AAUGAUUUCAUGAAUUGAACAUUUCAUGGCCUCUAUAUAUACCUGUAUCAUGUGCACACCUAAUGUAACCAACAUCUCAUGUGUGGCUAGAAAUGGAAAUGAAGCAAAGGAAGGGAUCCAUCAGUUUCUAUGGCUUCGGUGUUGGAAAGCGCAUGCCGGGAUCCCGCGAUGCAGUAGAAGUGAAGCCGGCGAAACCCAUGUCACAAAAUGGAGGUGGAGGGUCGAGGAAGUCGAAAGUUCGAAAUAUGGCAGGUCGCACCAUGCAGAGGGAGAUGGAGGGCCACGUCAUAGUAGGAGGAAGGAAGUCCGUUUCACAUGUUGAAUCAAAUGUGGAGUCAGUGGCUGCAUUCCUUCAUGUGAAGGUGGUUUCGUCGGAUAUGCCGGAUUUCAUGCAAGCGCAUGCAUUCCGAUGUGCUCGGCGAACCUACGAUAGCUUAGAGAAGUUUAGCUCCAAGCACAUGGCCUAUAACAUGAAGAAGGAAUUCGACAGGGUGUAUGGGCCUGCCUGGCAUUGCAUUGUGGGGACAAGUUUCGGGUCGUUUGUGACGCACUCGACGGGCUGUUUUUUGUAUUUUUCUAUGGAGAAAAUCAUAAUUUUGUUAUUCAAAACCAAGGUUGAAAAGGCAUUAGAUUAAUCAAAAUCCGUACAGAUGUGGGCAUUGCAAGCCUGUUUUUGGUUUA